AGCAUGUGGCGAUAGUCUAGUUGGAGACAGUGGGUUACUACAAUAUCCAGUCCCAUUUGGAUACCAGAACGAUGAAAUUUGUAUAUGGACUAUCACAGUUUCCACAGGCAAGACGAUUCAGGUGUCAUUCAGCGUUUUCGACCUAGAACCAGACCAAGACUGUUAUUUUGAUUUUUUACAAAUCUAUGAUGGACCAUCUGAGACAUCCCCUUACAUCGGAAGGUUUUGUGGCGAUUUUCUUCUUGUUGAUUCGCCAGUUGAGGGUCGAGGAUUCAGCAGCACUACUAACCAGCUCUUUCUCCGGUUCGAGAGUGAUGAAAUUGCAACUUUCGAUGGAUUUGAGUUGUCUUGGACAGCAUCAGAUUGUGGAGGUAGUCAAAUUGGUACAAGGGGGUCAUUGCGGUACCCACUGGUCAUUGGCACCGACUAUUCAACUUUAGAAAACUGUGCAUGGCUUAUAACAGUGUCCACAAAUGAGGAAAUACAGCUGUUGUUUAGCCGUUUCGACAUAAAUUGUCAGGUAGGUUUGGACUUUCUGAGAAUAUAUGAUGGACCAUCUGUGACAUCCAGUCUCAUUGGAGAAUAUUGUGGGACACAGGCACCUAUUGGUAUCAGAAGCACAACUAAUACGCUCUAUCUAUGGUUCAGCUCUGAUAUAUUUGGAGUUGCAAAAGGAUUUGAAGUGACUUUGUUCUCAUCAUGUUCUUCGGUUGUAAGGAAGACUAACACCUUCGCACGAUUCUAUUUAACGAAUGCGCACAACCAAAUGGAUGGCUUGGCUUAUAGCACACUGUCCAUGGGAUUUUACUUUAAGCGAGAUGACGUGGCUUUCUUGGAUGUUGCCGACUUUUUUGUUUCAUUUUCUAACUUUAUGUGGAGAGAAGCCGACGCGGUGAAAUAUUACAUCACAGAUCGCGGAGAUUGUGUCGUCAUUGAUGCGAUAAAUGUUGCUUAUUCUAACGAUUGGUGUUUCUACGAUGCUUUUGAGAAGACCAUGGAGGCUAUCAGAGACUACCUCACCCAAUUAAAGCUUGCAGGCGAAGAGGCAAAAACAUUUGAAGACCAAGCGACAGUUGAGUUCGUCAAGAAGAUGACGUCACGCCAUGAAGAGAUCUUGAAACAAUUCAGUGUUUACUUGGAAAAUUCCCGUCGUGCGGAAAGAACAAAGUCUGAGGCUUGGCUCUUUAACAAGCUAAACAAAUGGUUGAAGUUUGAUGACAUUAUUGAUGAUGAUAUGAUUAUAAAGAACAUCUAAACGAAGAUGUGUAUACUCUCAUGGAUGCCUGGAUGAACUUACGGUAGAGGGUUGGUACUGGCACAGUGAAUUUCUAGUCUCCGGAAUACGCAUUCACUCUUAAUGACUUACAUGUUACAUGUACUUGUAUUAAAUCUGAUAUAUCGCGGUAUUAUAUGUUUUAUCACAAAAAGGCCACAAUAAAUAUCCCGGCA